UGUACUUCUCCAGAAAUCACUACAAGCGGUGGAACAAUGUCAACCACGAACAGUAGCUCCUCGGCGUCGUCUGUGUCGUCGUCAGCGGGCAGAAGGGACGACGAGGACACCACCAGUGCUAGUGGAACUGGCCGCGGGAAUAUGUCGUCGAAUAACAGUAGCAGCGCGACGAGAACCGCCUCCCGAGAAGGUAGUUGUCCUCCACGUCGGGUAGUAUUGCCUCCCACGACCACCUCAUCCACAACCCGGCACCAGCGGCAGACCGAGACACGUGCGAACGAGUUCGACUGGGCCUCGGUUUUGCCAGGGUGUCUGGACCCCUCCCUGCGCGUCCUGUUCGGCCUGGCCGAACUGGCGCGCCGGCCGGGGCCGGACGGGCUCGGCGAUCCAAAUGGGAUGUGGACCAACACGCAACUGCCCCAGAAGGCGAAGCAGGAGAUGAGAAAAUAUGCCUACCACCGGGCCGUGCGCAACGCGUUCCUGAAGAGUGACCAUGACAACCUCGGCCUACCGGUCGUCGUGCACGAUAAUUGUUCUUCUAGUACUGCGCAGGAGGAGCAAGAAGAAGGUGAGACUCGUCCUUCCGACCAGCCAGACGAGGCCUUUGCGGGGGCGGCCCAGAAGACGCGUUUUUCCACCUUCACGGUGCGGAAGACUCGGAACGCGUUUUUUCAGCGGGUUUGGGAGUGGUUACCGGAAUCUCUGAGGGACAACACGUGCCCGAUGAAUUUGGAAGCCUGGGACGAGAAACCCAAGUUGCCCAAGUGGGCUGAGUACGUGCGGCAUUUGCGCUCCGUGUUGGAAUCCGCUUGGUCCGAAAACAGCAGGUCGGCCUGUAAGCUUUUCUGUGAGGAGGACAGCGCGACGGCAACAUUUCGAUACAGUCCCGCGCAGUGCGAGCGGUACUGUUUACAAACCAACCGCGUGAUCUCGCGGGCGACGCGGCAACCGAAAGGGCAGCUGUCGGGCAAGGUCGUCCCGUGCGUGAGCAUGGUCUCGUGGCGGCUUCGCGCUGCUCGCAGAGGGGCUGAGCGCAUGGUGCGGCAUCAACGAAGAGCGGAGAAGUGGCGGCAGAAAUUUUUAAAUAACUCUUUCAAGAAUAAUUUCAUCAUGGGCCAAGGUGGAAAAUCCCGAAAAGUAGUACUGGUUGCGAAGGAACGGGGAUAUUGCCGGACGCGUACAAGUAAACCGUCAUUCUCCCACUGGUGGUCCACAACACCGGCCGAGUUGCGACUUUGUGUAGAGUCGUGCGCUACACAAGUGAGAUACGAGCGUCUUCGGAAGCGCCGCAUCGAGCUGCGGCGAUCCUGCUCCACCGCUGGAAGGGAUCGAUUUUACGAGUCUCCUGUGCGCAAGCCUGUUGAAAUUCGAUGUCGAAUUCAACCAUGCGGCCCUCCGGUUCGUUCGGAUGAACAAAGCGCGGUAGGGGCAUCGCUUCACACGGCGAACGGCACACAGGUAUUUUUGUAGUAGGAGAUUUUUUGAGAAGCUCGGACUGCCAGCCUUUCUGUAUGUUCUUGAAAAUAGCAACAAAAAACAAACGGCGAAUCAUCUGGCCCCUGGUGCGUAAUAAACGAGAAAGCACUUCUUCGCGAGACGUCGUGUACAGCCCUACUUCACAUCAUCAAGUUGCUAUGGAGUUGAAGAUACACACUAAUGAUCAUGUUAUUCGGACUAAUAAUUUUCUUGAACAAUUUCCAUUCUUACUAAUAGUCGUUGCUACCUAACGAGCCCGGGUCCCGCAGCUCGCGUAAUAUUGAGACCGACGGGCAGCAGCGGUCCGCGGUGUGGCAGGUCCGCGGCAACAGCAGUGUGGACGCAAGUAUAGCACUUCGUCAUCUUCAUGAUGAUGUUAUUUUUAUUGACCCUAAGGAAUGAAAGAGAAAGAUUGUGCCUAAUUGCUGUCGUUUUUCUCGAGCGUGGUUAUGUUUACGAACCGCCCCGUUGCUGUUCGGCGUCGCGUAGUACGCAAUUCUAUUACCGAAGAUCUGUCACUGUCUACCUCUACAUGCAAUGGCACCGUCCUGGUCACAAACUUUUCGCAACCACAGGCACGACGCCCACUAGACGCCCCAAGAACGGGACACAUCCUCGUCCGGAGAGGCCGCGUAUGCCCUUUAUCGAAUCCUCGCCCGGCCGGCAUAUUACGCGCCCGGCGGGAAGAGCCGCAGGACUGUCGCGGAGUGGAGUUAAUACGGUACUACCCUUGUAGUUACAACCUCUUGGAUCAUUCCAUUGGAUUGAUUUCAACGUCCAUAGCUUUGAAAAAAGAUCAUGAAUUGGCGAACGUACGCAAAAAUGGUGUGCAGGUGGUGUUGACAGGAAAUAAAGCAUCUUCGCGUGUUCUGUUGCUCGUAAAAAAGCAAAAUGAAAAUUAUAAACGGGUAUCGAGUUGUAUAAAAGAAUUGGAAACCGAAACAAAAACACAGUCCUCCCCAACUCCCCGGAGUUGGUUCGAAGAGAACCUAAACGCGACCUUCAGAGCGGCGGGGCUACUGCAGGAUAACGACGAGCCAAUGGUAUUAAAUCCACGGAUCGAACAAGUAGACGCAGAUCUUCAUGAAGAGGCGGAUGUUGUACGAGAACCGUUCUUAUGCAUUGCAAAAGCAACGUACUUACUAGUAUGAAUAGCAUUACAAGAAAUUUUGGCAAGAACAAGAGAAGUGGAAUUUGUAAUGCUGUUUUACGUUACCAUGCUCAUGCAUGGCAUAUUUGCAAUUAGUACGAGUGUGAUACUUUUGCAAGGCAUAGUUCUCGUCUUCCGAGAACGAUAGCGACAGCGAAGACGGCGAGGAUGGGGAGGAUUCGUCGUCUUCAGACGAUGAGGAAGACUCCACCUCGUCUUCAGACUACGAAUCGCUUGACACGACCCUUGCGAGGCAUGCUCACAUGCAAUCUAACGCGGCCGGAACAAUAUCGCGUCUCACAGGCGAAUUUUUGAGCAAUGAUUCAAGAGGAACCACAUCACAACUAGAAGCUGAUGCAGCUGGUGACAUUGCUGGAAAUGAAAUGUCAGAGCUCGCAGUGCCGCGCGAGAACGCGGAUGCGAUCGCAACCAGCAGCACAGCAUCGACAUCGUCUUCAACGACCUCAGCCGCCGGCGGAACGACCGUUUGUUCGACAUCGAGUACAACGACGAAUAACAUUUAUAGUGCGGAGGUCUUCUUCCCGAGAAGUGCGGCUGAAGAGGGGAUCUUUUCCGUCACAGAGCCUGGAUCUUUUUGGUGGAAGACACAGCGGGGACUGUUGCAGCUGCCGCAAGCUGAUGCUGAGGACACGAACGAGGACGCAGAAGGUUUUUUAGAAGCCAUGGGCGGGUCAACAUCUCGUCCGAGCGUGAGUAGUGCCCCUGCAAAUCUACUUCCCUCGACAACAACGUCGAAUGCAAGAACAAGCGACGAACCUUCUCAUCUCGACGAGCAGAUCAUGAGCAACCAGCAAUGUGGGAACGGGCACGCAGUAGAAAUGGACGACCAGACAGGGAGGCGAAAUGGAGAAACACGACAAACAGCUACAACUACUAGUACCGAUACUAGAUCAACACCGAGAAUUUUGGAGCUAUUGUGCGCUCCAGCCAGAGGGUUGGCGCGAGAAGGACCACAGAGUAAUUUUCUGGUGGACGCUGUCUUGCGCGGAAUAGAGCGAGGCGAGCGGACAAGAAGAAAUGGGGCCCGGCGCUCGUCGUCCGACGCAGCGCAGAGUACGUCGAGUUCAUCUUCAUCAUCGAGGCCUGUGAGACGGUAUGGAGAAGAACGAAGCAGCAGAAGCCGUCUACGACGAAAUGACCGGGCGGGGCGACGCGGCGAGCAAGCCAUAAGGGAACACCAAACAGCAAGGCAAGAACCGAGGCAGCCGAGCGAGGAGCUCCUUCCGUCGAGUACAACUAGAGGGGCUCCAGCCGGGACGGACGUUGUAGACGAAAGCCAGGACGACCACGGACAGGUGGAACAAAGAGGACUGCUCGACGAGAGGAACCAUAGCGGUAGUAGUGCGUCGCUGAGGUGGAACGUUGCGAAUGGAACAACUUCAACUUCUUCUUCUGCAACAAGCGAGAAUUUGGCCAGCAACAGCACACAACCUGCGCGUAGAAGCAGGAGAACUGCUGCGGUUCCGCGCUUUCUUUCGCUAAGUGCUAACGCAGCACGCGAAAUCUUGACAGCUGCUAACACAGCAGUAGUACGAAGACCAGGAGGCGAAGCGGCAAGUGAUGAACGAAUCCAAGGUAAUAGAGUUGCUACUGCUGCAGCUGAUUUAAUAACUACAUCCGAUUCUAACAGGGAAGAAGAUGUUGAUGUUGUUUAUCCGGAGAGCAGGGACAGCAAGCGGCUCCAUGUAAGUGGAACAGAUACAAAUUCUCGCUCAGCGGCGGGUAGAUUGCCCACUGAUACGACACUGCAAGCGACGCAAGGCGGGAGUACUAUUACGACAACUACCACGAGCAACAUCUGCUUGAGCAGAGAUUUUUUGGGCGCAGCUCCAACUUCAUUUGCUCUUAGUCAGCCGGGCGAUCCUCCCAGAAAUAAUAGCCCGAUAGAACAGGCACGGGAGAUCGAUAGUACCGAACGGUGGGAGGCUAGGGACCGAGAAGAAGAGGAAGAAAGGCAGGAGCGGCCGACGCAAGGGGCGGUAUCAGAGCAACUGGAUGAACCGCGGGACGCGCACGGGAGUCAGGUGGAGGUGGGGGGAAUUAGUACCAGCAGUAAUCUUCCGCUGGAUCAUUCACGUGAGGCAGCCCCCGCCACGACUCGUGCAACACAGGAACAACUCGAAGUUGACGCAGAACAAGAGCUACAGCAAGAGCCUGCUGCGGUAGUAAAAAUUACAAUAACUACGUGGUUGUUUUACCGCCUUUGGGCGAUACAUUUUUGUCGCAUGACGUUUCAUGUGUCAGCACAGGCACGCAUGCGUUUGGGGUCGAAGUAUAAACAUUGUGAAACUGAUCAUGAAGAUAUACCUGUUUAUAUCGAAAAACAAUAAAGAAAAAUCUUAAUUCUAGGCCCAUCCAGCGAAUGAAGAUCCGGAUCCCCGCUUUCGACCUGAGAAUCUGAUGAAGAUGAGCCUGACGGAGCUCCAAGCGAUCAUAGACGAGCAGGCUCCAUAUGAUUCAUCCGACGGUAUCAAUCUCAUCCGAGACGUUCUUACGACCGGUGACCAGAAUCUUACGGAAGCUGAGAAGCAGCUUCUUUUCAAUCAGUACGAGUGCAGCACCGAAAUUCUGAACAAUUCGGGCAGGAACAAAAUAGGCCUGGAAGAGGAAGAAGUUCUUCGGUAUCGGUAUCUUGAAACGCGUUGUGGUGCAGCAGUAGAUGGUGCACGAGGGGGUGGAGGAGGAGGACAGCAACAACAACAUCCCGCGACAGCGCAAGAACGGGCAAGCAGUAGUUCCACUUCCAGCAGUAGUAACACAGCGGCAUUAGCUGCAAAUUCGGAAGCUGCAGCCAACGUUACUACGAGUGGUAGAAGCCUUCGCAGUAAUCCUGGUGUUUCUUGCAGCACUCAGCGCGAUGAAGACUAUUCAGCCACCGCAAUUGCGGAAAUUGUAUCGCCGGUGGUGCCCCUUGGACAUCCGCGCGGUGGUACGGCGGCCAUAUCUACGGUAAAAAUGUUUGGUCUGCUUUUGAUAGCCUAAGUAGAUCCAACGUGUUGCUUUUUAUAGGAGCUUGAGCUUUUUGUUUUCAUUUUCGUUUAGGAAACUGAUGAAUUUACUUUCAGCGUCACGUCGUGGUGGACUGCAUGUGCAUGUGUACUAUUUGUUCGAAGAAACUCAAAUGCAGGUCAUCGCGCCUCAGGUAAGCGCAACUCAGGUCACCGCACCGUCACGACCAGCGGAGCGCGACAACAGUGGAGGAAGCAGAGCUGAAACAGAAAGAGUCUUGCGGGAGACGAGUCAGAGAUGGGCAGAAGUGUUCCGGAGAAGGCCAUGGGAAGAACGGAACAACCGAGAGCCCGAUCCCGCCACGGCUUCGACUAUAGCUCCGGCGCACAAUUCAUCUAGUCCGGCGUCUAGUACUAGUUACAUUCGCGAUCAUCCCGCAGCCGAAACAACGGAUCGGAGUAGUGAUUUAUUUUCCACUGCAGGACGAGUCGUGCCUCCAGCACCGUCAUCUUCAAGGCCGCAUAGCACUUCCUCGCACAGGGUGGUGGAAGACAGCGCUUUAUUUCGUCUGACUCUUCGACCUUCGCCAGGCUUUUCUGAAGAGACGAGAGGGCAGCACUGUGGUAAUAUGAGAGCAGGAGAACAAGGAGACUUGUUCUCCACGACGGAGCUGCUGCCUACUUCGCCGCCCUGGGCGACUCCAGAUACGUCGGCAACGACAGCGACCCCGUGGAGUCGUACAGCCGGCCAUGGCCACGUCUUCCCGUCGGACGAACGCUGGAUGUUCAACACAAGUUCCAGGUCAGAACACCGUGUGCACGACGACGCCCCAGAAGACUGCGACGAACCACCCUUCUUGCACAGUGAACAAGCUGUCGAUGGUGCCGAUAUUGAGGACGAGUUGGAUGCUCUUCUUGAACUUGAUUCCCCGAGGCCCCAGUCGACUGAUGAUGGGGAAGCGGACACGCAUGGUGCUACUUUCGAGGGCGAAGUGAAAUGAAAGGUUUUUGGUAUUUUUGAGACGAUAAAGUAUUACACGGUAGUCGUAUUCUUAUUCAUUGUACGUAGCAUUUAUUGAUAUUUUCCGCAGCGUUAGUUUUAGGUCACAAUGUUGUUCGCCACGCGGAGCAAGGUAUGAUUUCGAUGAGAAACAGAUUGAACAAAGUGGUACUACUGACAGACGCAAGAUUUGCAGGCACUAAACCGACUAUAUUCCCUGUCGGGCAGUCGUGAUGCGCAACCUAGAAUCUUCUAUGAAGACACUUACUUACUCCACUUUAAUUCUGUUUUUGACGACCAAAUAAAACUCUAUCAACAGACACAAGAUUUUUUAUUGGUACUAAACAGACUAACGGGCAACUUUGUCCAGGUCCUUAUUACAAAGCUAUUUUUGAAGGAAGGAUAUUAAAGAGUUAAAGUGAUGUUUAAUCCUGAUAAUUUUGAUUCUGAUUCCUAACUUGAGCGCUUCAAGACACUCGAUUGCACUACCAAGAAAACAAUAACAAAAAGCUACAAAUAAACAAACAAAAAAACCGAACGCGCACGACUUUAAGUAGCGACAACUUUUCAACUCUUCAGUAAUUUAGAAUUUAUGCGGGCUAGCAAGCUUUCGACUUUGAGAACUUUCACAGAGCUUUUAGAACCCUCGCCAGGUAGCGAACCUCGGUUUAGGGUCCGCAGGCUGCGCUUUCUUUUAAACUCCCUAAGUCCACAUUUUUAUCGAAAUCUUGAACGCGAGUUCUUGACCUGCUUGACUUUCUAAGUUUUUGUGGAUAUGUACAUACCACACGUCUUGCGAGCUGCCUUCAGCUAUGAAGCGGUUUUCCCCGUGGCCGCGACCUCCGUUUUUUCUUUCUGCUUCACAUGCGCACCGUUUCCGCCCCUGUUCCGGUACUGUUGAGCCAACGAUGCAGAAAUGGUUCAGGAGAGGCUGUCAAGGCUUCUAUUUUAUUGAUCUUACUUUUGAUUAUUUAUUGUUACGAUCAUGUAGGGAUCCAGAGUUUAGAUGAGGAGGCUCCUAUUUUGUUUUACAGCCCUAUUCUUGAUGAAGAGUAAAAUCAUGGCAAAAAAAGUUUUGCGGAUUUCCAUUUGAU